AUGUCUGCCGACCCAAUCCUCAUCGUCGGCGCCGGCAUCGUCGGCCUAACCGUAGGCCAGGCAUUAAAGAAGAAAGGCAUUCCAUUCGAGAUCUACGAGCGCGACCCAACCCCAGAUGCCCGCGGCCAAGGCUGGGCCAUCACCCUCCACUGGGUCCUGGAGUACCUGCGCCAGAUCGUGCCAGACGAGACUCUCGCGCGCAUCCAAGCCGUGCAGGUUGACCCGGACGUAGCUAGGAAUGAUAACGGAACAUUCCUCUUCAUAAACCUAGCCACAGGUGAGCCGAGAUUCAAAAUCCCCCCGUCUGGCCGAUGGCGCGUUAGUCGCGAGGGAAUGCGCAGGGCGCUACUAGCUGGGAUUGAAGACCGUGUCCAUUGGGGGAAGAGGGUCGUUGGUGUGGAUACCAGUACCUUUCCGGAUCGAGUGCAGCUCAUAUUCGACCACGACGGUGAUAGUGAAGGUAGAGUGACUGGGAAGAUGGUAAUCGGGGCUGAGGGCAGCCGGUCCCUCAUCCGCCGUGUACUCCGGCCUGAUGCAUACAGCAACGAGCAGCUUCCCAUCCGGUUCACAGGUGUCGCUGUGGAUUUGACGCCGGCUGAGAUUCAGCCGCUGCGAGCUAUGGAUCCGCUCCUCUUUCAAGGGUGCGAGCCUCAAUCAGGGACGUUUUUCUGGUUCUCGGUGCUGGAGACGCCGCUUGGGAAUGGGACGGCUGGGACUGGGCCGGAGCGCUUCCGGGCGCAGGUCUGUAUGUCCUGGCCUGUUAGAUCUCCAGGCGACGAGGUGGCGAGUACAGACGAGGGACGACUGGUGAAUAUGAAAAGAAGAGCGGACAGCUUCACGCCGUUUUUAUGCCGUGUUGUGCAGGAGAUUCCACAGGGAACGCCCGUUACUGAGAUCACUCUGGCGGAUUGGGAGUGCUUGGAUUGGGAUAACCGGGAUGGCAGGAUCACUCUUGCUGGUGAUGCGGCCCAUGCUAUGACGAUGUAUCGCGGCGAGGCUGCCAACCAUGGCGUUCUCGAUGCAUUCAACCUGGUUCAGGCCAUCGAUAGGAUUUUUAGCGGUCAGGCUACCCCGAAGCAGGGCCUGGAUGAGUAUGAGGGCGAGAUGAGAAAGCGAACAAGGCGUGCAGUUCGCCUGAGUCGACAAGCCUGUUAUGAUGCGCAUACAUGGGAGCGGCUGAACACGGAGUCGGCCAUCUUGACCAAGCGAUCGAUUGAAUAGUUAAGAAAUUGACCUAUCACCUUUCCAUUACUCGUAUCGCGAUGUAAGACUGAGGAAAUGUCCCUGAAAGUGAUUUAGCCAGUUGCACUUGAAUCCUUUGCU